UAUUAAUAAAUUACUUAUAAAAUGAUUGCAAUUGGUUUUGAGGGUAGUGCAAAUAAACUCGGUAUUGGAAUCAUCAAAGAUGACGAAAUAUUAUCAAACGUUCGACAUACAUACAUAACUCCUCCUGGUGAAGGAUUUUUACCAAGAGAAACUGCUCAACACCACAGAGAACAUGUUCUUCCCAUUUUAAAGAAGGCAUUGUCAGAUGCAAAAUUGGAACUGAAAGAUGUAGAUGUUAUUUGUUAUACAAAAGGCCCUGGUAUGGGUGCUCCAUUAAAUGUAGCUGCUUUAGUUGCAAGAACAGUAGCUCAAAUGUUCAAUAAACCAAUUGUUGCUGUAAACCAUUGUGUAGGACACAUAGAAAUGGGUAGACUCAUAACUAAAAGUGAUAAUCCAAUUGUAUUAUAUGUAUCUGGUGGUAACACCCAAGUCAUUGCGUACUCACAACAAAGAUAUAGAAUUUUUGGCGAGACUAUUGAUAUAGCUGUAGGAAACUGUUUGGAUAGAUUUGCAAGAUUACUAAAUUUGUCAAAUGAUCCCAGUCCAGGUUAUAAUAUUGAGCAGCUGGCUAAAAAAGGAGAACAAUUGGCAACCUUGCCAUAUGUUGUAAAAGGAAUGGAUGUAUCUUUUUCUGGAAUUUUAAGUCAUGCAGAAAGUCAAUACGAAGCCUGGAUAAAUGAGGGGUACACAAAAGAAGAUUUAUGUUUUACACUUCAAGAAACAGUAUUUGCAAUGCUUAUAGAAAUUACAGAACGAGCGAUGGCACACGUGGGCUCGAAGGAAGUGCUGAUAGUCGGCGGAGUCGGCUGCAACGAACGUCUCCAACAGAUGAUGGGCGUGAUGUGCGAGGAGCGCGGCGCCAAGCUCUACGCCACGGACGAGCGAUUCUGCAUCGACAACGGCGUCAUGAUAGCCGUGGCAGGACUGCUGCAAUUCAAAGCCGACAAAUGUCGUGGAACCCCCUGGACAAAAACCAACGUCGUGCAGAGGUUUCGAACGGACGACGUCUACGUGUCGUGGAGAGACGAUUUUUUUUAUUAUUCAGAACGAGACUAUUCUUUUAUGAAAAUUUUGUAGAAAAGACGAAACACGAUACAAAAAAAAAAAAAAACUGAUUUUUUGUAUAUGAUUAAUUUUUACUUGGUUUUAUUGAGUCUACUUGGACGCUUUGCAGAAUAGUCGAGGCAAAUUUGUCAAGCAAAUUUUUGUAAACUAGACGCGUGAAAUUGGAAACGUCAAUAUGAGAAAGAAAAAAGAACAAAUUAA